GUUCGGCAAAAGAAAUGCGACUAUACGACGUCGUUACGCAACCUCGAACGCAUUUCCGAUUCAAUUCACGAACAAAGGAGCAUCGGAAGCGGAUCCGCUCGCGAACCGCCUGCGAAUCCCCCACCUUACCAGCCGACGGCGCCUCCACCGUAUGAGGACGACGACGGUCGUUAUGCGAUUACUCAAGAAACGGAUGAAGUGAUCGCCCCUGUGUUGUGCUUAAUGCGUGCGAAUGGUUGUGCUGAUUGGCCUCAACGUCCCGCGGGAAUUGGCUCCGGCGUAAUUCUUCUAGCACAGCAACUUAUUGGCGGUGGUGAAAAGAGGGAAUCACCGACAAGUUCUCAGUGA